AUGGAUACCCCAGACUCGGCCUCGAAGGUCUUCUGCAGCCGCAUCCUGAGCAUGGUGAAUGCAGAUGACGUCAACGCCAUCAUCCUGGCCCAGAAGAACAUGCUGGACCGCUUUGAGAAGACCAAUGAGAUGCUACUGAACUUCAACAACCUGUCAAGUGCCCGCCUUCAGCAGAUGAAUGAGCGCUUCCUGCAUCACACGAGGACCCUGGUUGAGAUGAAGAGGGAUCUGGACAGCAUCUUCCGCAGGAUCAGGACCCUGAAAGGGAAGCUGGCCAGGCAGCACCCAGAAGCCUUCAGCCACAUCCCAGAAGCGUCCCUGUUGGAGGAUGAAGAUGAGGACCCCAUCCCACCCAGUACCACGACCACCAUCGCUACCUCGGAGCAAAGCACGGGCUCCUGUGACACCAGCCCUGACCUCAUCUCACUCCCACUCAGUCCUGGCUUUGAGGACCUUUCCCAGGCCCGGCCUGGCUCCCCUACUCUU